GACGAGCUGAUCGAUCUAUCCCGGCUGGGCACGCGGGUUUUUGGCAAUCCGGAUAGUGAGACAACAGGCGCAUUGGUAGAGGCACACAACGAGAAAUCCUCACAAAACCCCGAGGAGCUGGGCACUUACUACGAGGGCGAUAUACUCAUACCGCUAAGCAAUCGCGAGCCGCGUUAUAAUCUCACACGCAAUGGCAUUCGAACGCAAAGUUCUCGUUGGCCCGGUGGUAUUGUGCCCUACGAAAUCAAAGGUCAGUUUAGCACGCAGGAGCUGCAGAACAUUCAGCAUGCGAUCAACGAAUACCACAGCAAGACCUGUGUGCGGUUUAAGGCGCGUUCCAACGAACGCGAUUACAUUUCGAUUGUGAGUGGCAGGACGGGCUGUUGGUCCAGCAUUGGGCGUUUGGGUGGACGCCAAGAGGUGAAUUUGCAGUCCCCCAACUGUCUGCGCACCCGCGGAACCCCCAUUCAUGAACUCAUGCACGCCCUUGGUUUCUUUCACGAGCAGAGUCGUCACGAACGCGACAGAUACGUCAGAGUGCUGGACGAGAACGUCAAACCGGGCAUGUUGGUGAACUUUGAAAAGUCCAGUCCGAGCAAAGAAUACGGUUUUGGGGUGGAAUACGACUACGCCAGCGUCAUGCAUUAUUCUCCCACCAGCUUCUCGAAAAACGGCAAACCCACAUUGAUGGCCCUUCAAAGCAAUGCCAGUUCUCGUUUAAUGGGCCAACGCAAUGGAUUCUCCAAGGGCGACGUGCAGAAGAUCAACGCCAUGUACAGAUGCAAGCGAUGAAUAGUUUGAUUUGGAUUUUUAUUUCGAAUAUAUACAAUUAUAUUUUGCA